UUAAAAGAAAAUCUGAUCUGACGUUUUACAUAACCUCAAUGCUGGGCUUAUGCUUAUAAUAAUAUUCAAUUAUAUAUUUUAUUUAUUUUCUUUUUAAGCUUAAAUGUAUAUUAUUUAAAAUAUUAUUUGAAAAUACCUAAAGGAGAUUAUUAUUACUAAUAUGUUAUGGAAACUAGUCAUUCAACCUUGUACUAAAAAUUCUGUUUUUAAAAACAAAUUGUCAGCGAGUAGAUUUAAAAUUAGCUUAAAUAAGUUUCGAAGCUUUCAACAAAAUGCUGUUAAAAGUUGUAAACCGGUAUUUCAAAAUAAAACAAAUUCUUUACUACCAAAAGUAACAAUAUUUUUGACCGCAGGAGGUUUGAUCAAGGUUUGCUAUGACAAAAAAUUAGCUUUUUGUGAAGCGAAGAGAUCGAGAUUGGCUGGUUACAGGGUAACAAGUGAUAAAAAUGCCCAGUUUGACUGGGCAAGGUUUUGGCAAUAUAUUAAACCUCAUAUUUGGUACUUAAUUGCAGCUAUAGCAGGCGCCUUGAUUGUAGCAGUAUUAAAUAUUCAAAUUCCCCUUGUGAUGGGUGGUGUGAUAAAUGUUUUAGCUAGAUAUGCUAGGGAAACCAAUUCAAAACCCUUUAUAAGUGAGAUGAGUAUACCUACAUUUAAAUUGAUUGGAAUGUAUAUAGGACAGAGUGUUUUCACAUUCUUUUAUAUUUUUAUGUUAUCAAAUCUGGGUGAAAAAGUUGCUUAUCACAUGAAGGCAGACUUAUUUAAGUCAGUUUUACAGCAGGACAUUGCUUUUUUUGAUGCUCAGAGAACUGGUGAGAUUAUAAAUAGGCUUACAUCAGACGUACAAGAUUUUAAAAGCAGCUUUAAGCAAACUAUUUCUGGUGGACUCAGAGCUAUAACUCAAAUAGUUGGUUGUUCAGUGUCUCUUGUAAUGAUUUCACCAAAUAUGACUUUGGUUACUCUGCUUUGCAUUCCAUCUGUGAUUGGAAUUGGGACAUUAUUUGGCUCUCUUUUAAGAGUGAUAUCAAGAAAAGCCCAGGCACAGGUUGAAAAAACUACUGCUGUAGCUGAUGAGGCUGUUAGCAAUAUCAGAACAGUAAGAUCGUUUGCAAUGGAGGAGCAGGAAGCUGCUUUAUAUAUAAAAGAAGCUGAGGAGGCAAUGGUGUUAAAUGAAGCACUGGGAUUUGGUAUAGGGUUGUUUCAAGCUGGAACAAAUCUUUUUAUAAAUGGAACAGUAUUAAUGACAUUGUAUUUGGGAGGAUACAUGCUCUCUACUAAUAGACUUUCAGCAGGUGAUGUUAUGUCAUUUCUUAUGGCUGCCCAGACAAUUCAAAGGUCUUUGGCACAAAUAUCUUUAUUAUUUGGGGGUGUUAUCAAAGGGUUAGCAGCAGGGGCAAGAGUUUUUGAGUAUAUUAAUAUGAAACCUUCCAUGAGCCUUACCGGGGGUAAAAUCAUUCCAGAUAACUUACUUAAAGGUGAUAUCGAAUUUAAAAAUGUUACUUUUGCUUAUCCUACACGCAGACGCCAAGUUAUUUUAAAGAACUUUAAUCUCUCUAUACCCUCGGGCAAAACAAUAGCUAUUGUAGGGUCUUCAGGAAACGGUAAAUCAACUAUAGUAGCUUUACUUGAGAGAUUUUAUGAUGUAAAUGGAGGUUCAAUAUGCAUAGAUGGACAUGAUAUAAAAACUCUUGAUCCAACAUGGCUAAGACAAAACAUUCUUGGUCUGAUUAGUCAAGAACCCAUCCUGUUUGGUACAACAAUUUUGGAAAAUAUUCGAUAUGGUAGGCCUGAAGCAACAGAUGAAGAGGUUAAAUAUGCAGCUCAGCAAGCUAAUGCUCAUGAGUUUAUCUCAAAUUUCCCCAAAGGUUAUCAGACUUUGGUGGGUGAAAGAGGUGCUACAUUAUCAGGAGGUCAGAAACAAAGAGUAGCAAUUGCUAGGGCUUUGCUGAAAAAUCCAAGAAUUUUACUUUUAGAUGAAGCUACAAGCGCCCUUGAUGGCGAAUCAGAAAAAAUUGUUCAGUCAGCCUUAGAUGAAGCAAGGAAAGGUAGAACAGUGAUUGUUAUAGCUCACAGGCUAUCAACAGUAAGAAAUGCAGAUAUAAUUUUAGUUUUGAAUCAUGGCAAAAUAGUUGAGAUGGGUUCUCACGAACAACUGCUAAAAUUAAAAGGAUACUAUUGGGCUUUAACAUAUCAACAACAUCAACAACCUGAUGCUGCAUAGAUAUUUAUUAUUAAUCAUUAAAAGAAUGAUUAGUAUGUAUUAAUUUAUUAUUUGUUAUCAGGUUUUAUAAUUUAUUGGUGUAUUAAUUAAAAUAAAC